AUGGCAGCCACAAAGGUAAGCCUGAAGCUUUUGAUUGACAAAAAGAGUCACCAAGUGCUCUUCGCUGAAUCAGGCAAGGAAUUUGUUGAUUUCCUUAUUACCAUUCUCGCUCUGCCUGUCGGAACUGUUAUUAGGCUGCUUAAAAAGCAAGGGAUGGUUGGCUGCUUGCAAAACUUCUACGAGAGCAUUGAAAAUUUGAGUGAUACUUACCUUCAGCCAGACCAAAACAAGGACUCUCUGCUGAAGCCUGAAGUAUACUUUUCUGGUGGUGUAGUCCCUCUCCAAUUGCCAAAUGUUGAAUCAUCAUCAACAUCCAGGAAAUUCUAUAGGUGUAACAAUACAAGUAAUAGCUACGGCUACAGCACCAACUGUAUUUCAUACGUGUCUGCUAACAGCAGAGCAAUCUGUCCUUCUUGCCAGAAUUCCAUGAGCCGCGAGCUAAAUUUCGUAGACCCUCCAAGCUCAAUCAAUCCAGGGUCCUCAAGUGAGGGAGGGUACGUGAAAGGGGUGGUUACAUACAUGGUAAUGGAUAAUCUGGUGGUGAAUCCUUUGUCAACUAUUUCUAGUAUCACUCUGCUUAACAAUUUUAAUGUCAAAGAAGUAGGAAAUCUUGAGGAGAAAGUGGUCGAUUUGGGCAUGGAUGAGGGUGUGAAAUUGUUGAAGGCUUCUCUGCUGUCGAAUAGUGUUCUCACUGAUAUCUUCCUCCCAAAGUUGAGCAUGAAAUAA